CUAUUAACGACCUAUAAUAGCAUAAAAAAAUAAUUCCGUUCUGCUUUCGUAACGGAGCAUUCUCGCUCACUACAUCUUCACCAUGUCUUUACCGGCAGCGUAUGCUGAACUAUUUAAAUACAUUGAUUCGCAUAGCAGCGAGUACAUUGAAACACUUCGAGAAGCUGUUGCUAUUCAAUCUGUAUCUGCAUCAGCUGAACGUCGGCAAGACACGUGUCGGAUGGUCGACUGGACUGCGGAAAGGUUGCGAAAUGCGAGAUGCGACGUAGUGAUUAAGGAUAUAGGGUACGAAAAAUUGGCUGAUGGAAGUGAAAUUCCGUUGCCUCCGGUCAUUUUUGCAACUUUGGGAAGUGACAAGAACAAAAAGACUAUUUGUAUUUACGGUCAUUUGGACGUUCAACCUGCUUCGGUGGGGGACGGAUGGGAUUCUGAUCCUUUUACUUUGACUGAACGCGAUGGUAAAUUGUACGGACGUGGUGCAACCGACGACAAAGGGCCGGUCUUGUGUUGGAUUCACGCGAUUGAAGCAUAUCAUGCUAUGGGAGUGGAAAUACCGGUGAAUAUCAAAUUUGUUUUUGAAUCAAUGGAAGAGUCUGCCAGUGUGGGUUUAGAAGAAUUGCUAACUCAGGAAAAAAAUACUUACUUUUCCGACAUUGACUACGUAUGCGUUUCUGAUAAUUAUUGGGUUGGUACCCAAACGCCUAGUAUUACGUAUGGUUUAAGAGGAAAUUGUGCUUUCCAAGUUGAAGUUGAAUGCGCCAAGCAAGAUCUGCACAGUGGAGUGCAUGGAGGGACAGUACACGAAGCAAUGGCCGAUUUAAUUUAUCUUCUAGAUUCCUUAACCGACAACGAAGGUAAUAUACCAAUCCCGAAUUUUAGCAAGAGCGUUGCACCUCUAACAGAAGAGGAGAAGAGUUUAUACGAUCCCAUUACCUUCGAUGUUAAUGAAUGCCGCAAAACAAUCGGCUGUAAUAAAUUGCGCCAUAAUGAGGAUAAGGUACAGUUACUAAUGCAUCGUUGGCGCUAUCCCGCACUUUCGAUUCAUGGAAUUGAAGGGGCAUUUAGCGGUUCCGGUUCAAAAACUGUAAUUCCAAAGAAAGUUAUUGGAAAAUUUUCAAUCAGAAUUGUACCAAAUCAGGAAACGGAUGAGGUGAACGAGAUGGUUGUUGCCUAUUUGGGCGAUAAGUGGAAAGAACGUGGCAGCCCAAACAAUUUUAAAGUAAUCGUGGAACGUUCGGGAAAACAUUGGUCCGAAGACCCUUUCCAUCCUCAUUACACGGCGGCCCGUGAAGCAACGAGGCACGUGUACGGAGUGGAGCCUGAUUUAACGCGAGAAGGUGGGUCUAUAGCUAUAGUAGCGGAUUUGAAGCGCGUUUUACAAAAGAACAUCGUGUUGUUGCCCGUCGGAACAGGCGAUGACGGCGCUCACGCCGAAAAUGAAAAGAUCAAUAUAAGAAAUUACAUAGAAGGAACGAAGAUGUUCUUGGCCUACAUGUACGAGGUGGCACAAAUUUAAUAUCAUAUAAUUAUAUCGCUGAGUGAGUCAGGGGAGGGGGAAGAAAGCUUGUUACUGUUGUACUUUCUCUGUUAAAUUAAAUACAAAACCUUUAACAUA